AUGUCUUCAAUGGCUCUCAAGUAUAGGGAAAGAGAAGAAAUCGUUGGCAAAAGGUUUCUAUGCGUUCAGAGUCUACCAAAUGAUAGCAAUUCAGCCAAUUGUGGCCAUAAGCACACCAAACGCACCCAAAGCAAAGUGAACCAAUUGAUCCAACACUUCCAUGACCAACAUUGCAAGCGGGGCACUGUCAGGGCAUCCACCCAUCACGACCCCCAUCACCACGACCUCAAUAACUUCAAGACAUUAGUCGACAAAAUUGGAUUUGAAGACAACAAAUUAAAACCUAUUGAAUUGCUAUCAGACAAACACUUAGAGUUCGUUGAUUACAAAGACUUAACCGUAUUUCAGGAUUCAGAUUUAGAGAACCAAAAGGCAGACAUAGAAGCGCCUGAAGUGAGAAAAGCACUCCGAAAGUGGAUUCAGUUUCAAGACUCACAACAACUUCUUCAGAAGACUCCUUCAGUUCUGUUCGGCAAUAGAGUUAAGGUUUACAGAAGUGAAGGAACCACUCAAUGGUAUACAGCAGUCAUCGUCUCCUACAACGACAACACACGGGAAUUAACUCUGACUGACGACACAGUACUCGAAGAACACAAUGAAGACCCCUCUUUGGUUCAGAUGAAACUCAUUGGAGACGGA